CGUCAUUAGCUCCAGUUCCCCUCGGUUUAUCUCAUCUUUGCCUUGCAGAACGACGAUUCUAGAAACCCGUAUUCCUAAUACAUAUCAGGUUUCAAACCCCCACCGAAUUUUGUCUACAUACCCAAGAAAAUAUUGCGCACCAGUGGGUAGUAAUAUAAUCGAAGAAUAUUCUAACAAAGAUGACGGCGCUACCUUAUGCCGCUGACGCGGAAACCCCGCUAAGGGGACCAGAACUCGAGACGUUACGAACACAAUAUGAAAAAGAGGGCGAGAUGGCCGGCAUCCAAACAAAAUUUAACUACGCAUGGGGCCUCAUUAAAUCCAACGCCCGAAGCGACCAACAGCUAGGUGUGCGCCUACUUUCGGAAAUAUUUCGAGUGUCACCCGACCGACGUCGCGAAUGUCUUUACUACUUGGCCUUGGCUAACUACAAGCUCGGAAACUAUGGGGAGGCGAGGCGCUACAAUGAUUUAUUGUUGGAUAAGGAGCCGGCAAAUCAUCAAGCCGCAGACCUACGCCGACUGAUCGACGACAAAGUAACCAAAGAGGGUCUGAUGGGCGUUGCGAUCAUAAGCGGGGUUGCCAUCGCGGCCGGUGUAGUUGGCGGAAUUCUCUUCCGGGGCAAGAAGCGAUAGAAGUCAGUCGUAAGCCUUAUUAGAGGAAGUCUCUGUGCUGGGCAAUGCGUUAUAAGAAGUCGCUAAUAUGGCGCUGUUGAAAAUAUGAUAGCGUUGCGCCGGCUUGGAGUCAGGGGGAGCAUAUCCCUAUUAUCACAUAUGUAUGACGUUGCUGUUUGUCUAGGAGGCGAAGACAUGUCCGGAUGGUAAACAUGAGCGAAGGGAUUAACAAGGUCGCUGGGGUUGGGAAUCUUGUAUGGCAGCAUCACAUCUCGGCAUGACAACCGUGAUAUUCCGGGGUUUUAUUGUCACAACACCACUCUGUUCUAUAUUCUAUCCUUGAGCACUUAAUAGUCCCUACUACCUAGGUAGGCAAGUUCUUACCUAGUCAACCCGGCCACAUGUGACUCAGUGAGUUACCUGAAGCUGCUAGUUCUUGUACUCCAAACGCUAAGAGCAUCCGAGCCUACGACCUCUUUCCUAUAUCCAUCGAGGGUUAUUCUUUUGUGUACAGUCGGAGUCUAUUAUCAUCCUAUUGUUAUUCUACAAUAAUAUUGCCUGAGGCUAAGAAAAGGGGCUUUUCCAGGAAAUAUCCAUGCAACCUCGUACACCUAUCAUGACAGUGAACAGCUCUUGGCCAAAAGAUCCAGCAAGUUACGGAAGCUGGUAGAAAUAAGAAAAGGACAUUGCUAUGUAGAACAUUGAACCUUGGAAGCCCUUUGCUGAGUCAGAUGAUACGCCACACCACUAACAUUGAAC